AUGGUAAAGAGCUAUUCACGGUCACCAGCAGUCCCAGCUAAAUCUUGCUCCACCAAAGGCAGUGACCUCCGCGUGCAUUUCAAAAAUACAUUUGAAGUGGCUGCCGCAAUCAGAGGGAUGCCUCUCAAGAAAGCCAAAGGAUUCCUAGAAGAUGUCAUUGAACAAAAACAAAUCGUUCCAUUCAGGAGAUAUCACGGAGGCGUAGGAAGGCACGCACAAGCCAAGCAAUGGGGAUGCACACAAGGAAGAUGGCCUGAGAAGUCUUGCAAAGUUGUGCUGGAUCUGCUGAGGAAUCUUGAAGCUAGCGCUGAUAGCAAAGGACUGGAUGUGGAAAACAUGUCGCUGUGGCACGUACAAGUCAACAGAGCACAAAAAGGAAGAAGAAAAACCUUCAGAGCCCACGGUGGAAUCAAGCCUUACUUAAGCUCAAACUGCCAUAUCGAAAUCAUCGCUACAGAGAACCAAGAAAGCGUUCCUAAAGCUGCUUUGAAGGCAUAA